CUACACUUUACGGCAUUUUGUCGUCACUUCCGUUAACCAAAAGCUAGCGCUUUGUUUAUCUCUGCGUAUGGUACCAAUUAACUGUAGCUACGUUUAUUAAAAACCAUAAUGGAAACAACCACGGUCUGUGAGCAGACAGCGGGCCUAAAGUCGGCCUGUUGAAGCUAGUAAGCGACCCAUCACCGGGCGGUUCUUCGACUUUUCUUGGUCUAGUUUUAGCCUUCUUUGGGACUUGCUGUGGUUACGAUAAUGUUGAGCGGAGUCCCUCUGCGCACUCAGAUCGCCUCCGUGAUUGAUGCCUUGGCUAAAACAGCCGUGGCAGAAAUCUCCAAAGUGGUGGAGGAGAGUAUGGUGGUGCUGCGGCUGGAAAUGUGUCAGCGCGAAAAUGAGAUCAAGAGGCUGAAGAGCAGCGUCGAAGUCCUGCAUGGGGAGCUGAGAGCUACACGGCAGGCGGUGACCCUGCGACCCAGAGAUGAAGGUCAGAGUGGGCGUAGAGACCAGAGGAACCCCGUGCUUUCUGGUGAGAACUACAGGACCAUGUCUGAAUCCAAGGUGGAGGUGAAAUGUGAACCUGUGGAGGAGGGAAGCCAGGAGCUCAGGAGACAAACCAACAAGUCAGGAGAGGAGUAUCCGUACGAGGGCGGGCAGUGGAAUUCAACAAUGCAAAAGGAAAUGGGAUGCAGCAGGCCGGAUUUUUUAACUUUAGGGCCGAGCUCCCUGUCUUGUCUCGCUGAGUCCUCUUUGGAGAGCAGGUUGAAUUUGUCCUGCAGCAGCUCUGCAGGUUUUCAGCAGAACCUGUUCAGCCGUGGCCUGCCGGGUUACAGUCAGUACCGAAACACGAUGCGGAGGAGGACGGUGAAGAGGUUGAUGUUUAAGAAACGCUUCAUCUGUCCGUACUGUGGCAAAAGCUUUGAACGCUCCGGUCACCUGGAAAGACACAAGAGGAUUCAUACCGGCGAGAAACCAUACCGCUGUGAGAUUUGUGGACGCCGCUUUAAUCAGAAAUGCAGCCUGAAGGAGCACAUGAAGAUUCACCGGAGAUGUCUUCAGUUACCACCAGAAGAGAUGCAGGUUGGCCAACAGGUCCCCCCAAUUCCAGAGGUGAAUCCAAUAAUUGACCAACAUCAGUCUGAUAAAAUACGUCCCUCAAAAGAGGAUGAGAACCAAAUACCGAUCGAGGCGACUCGGCCGUCGCCUGUACAGGUAAAAUCUGAACCUGUUGAGGAAAACGUAACGCAGCCGGAGUUUACCGGUGGGAACGAUCAAACAGCAAACAGAGCUGACAAUGUGAGUGAUAACAUCACAGCUCUGGAGAGUACCAGCCAGCUGUGGACCCCCAGAUUACAAAACGAUCCAGAACCAAGCAGUUCAGAAUUCCUUAGCAGCUCAUCACCGAACAUGUCUUCCUACCCUGCCAUAGCUCAGCUACUCCAACCACCAGUAGAAGCUUCCUGUAGCAGCAGCUUCUUCCAAGGAAAACCAUACGGGGAACUGAAAAACCAAAAGAUCUCCCAAACACCUCGUGGAUCACCCAGUCUAAUGGGAUCCAGUAAUCCUGGCCCAGAGGUCCAGAUGGAUCACCUCCAGAGGAGGGUUUUGAACCCAAAGAAAUGCUUCUUGUGCUCAUACUGUGGAAAGAUCUUCGAGCGAGCUGGACACCUGGAAAGACACCUUCGAAUUCACACCGGGGAGAAACCGUACGGCUGCCACAUCUGUGGGAGGUGUUUCAACCAGAAGAGCAGCCUCAAAAGUCACAUGAAGACUCACAGGAAUGGGGAAACUACAUACACGCUGGAGCCUCAUCACUUGAUGUUCACAGUGCCUGAUAAUAAGCUCCUGGAGAACUUUAUGGAUCCCAGUAGCGGACCAACAGCUGCUGGGGAACAGUUGCCUGGCCCUGCAUAUUCUGACAGCUUUCGAGAGGAAACGAUAAUGGUAAAACUGGAGCCCAGGGGGGAGAAUUAUUUCUCUCUAAGUCAGAUAGGGGCUGAUGACAACAUGGCAGAAGCAAGCAGAAGUCAGCUGUGGACGUCUACGUUAGAGAAAAAUAUUGAAACCUCAGAUCAAACUGUCUUAUUUUUACAAGACGAAAAGUAUCACCUCGGUUCACCUUCUGGAGGAGUCGGCAAGCCGCAGGAAUACGACUCGCCAGCUAAAGAUCUGACCUUUAUAAACAACAAAGAGAAAGAUCAAUUUGCAGCCAUGGCUCCUCAGCCGGGAAGCUCCGAUUUAACUGAUGCUCGUGAGCUACACGAUGGCCACGAAGUAUCUGUAAGUGUUUACUCCUCGGUGAGAGACGGGAUCCACCAGGAUGAUGUGUUUGAAUUUAACAUGGCAGCUUCAGGCAGCUACGAGGACAGCUGCAGAGCGGAUGCCACAGGACAGAGUUCUUACAUAUGCUCCAACUGUGGACAAAGCUUUGAUAGCUUCAGCAAGUUUCAGGAGCAUCACUGUGAACAAACCUCAGAGCAGGCUCUGGGCUGUAAGAUAUGCGGGAAGACUUUUAACCAGAUGAGCAUCCUGAAACUGCACCUUAAACUACAUGUAAAAUGAAAUAUUAGAGUUUUCAUGAGACAAUGGCACUUAUGGGAAAUACCCACCUGAUGGUACUUUGCUAUUCUGCCCUCAGCCAGUGUUCAACUUGGCCAAAAUAUCGUCAAUUGGAGGCACUAAUUGAUAUGGAGAUGAACCUGUUGAUGCUACGGGAUUCCAUCAGAAGAAAACUACAGGAAAAAAUGAUUCUGGAUUUGUGCCCUUAGACGUGCUUCCUUACAAGUGCUAUCAUUUAACAUACAGCUUCUGCAUCAGUCACUGUCAUUUUCCUCUGACUGUUGGAAAAAAUGCAUACGACUGUUUAAUCAUGAAAUCUGAAUAAUCUAAAACCUUGGAAGUUUGAUGGUAAUAAACAAAAGUGUGAUUUUCUCUUGGUUUCUUUGUGAUGACUAUGAAAGCAAACUGUUGUCUGUUUUGUACUUUUCUGUAAAGCCUUUAAUGACUUUGAUGAUAUUGAACUGUAAAGAGAAAAUUAAAGUCAAGGUUAUAAGUUAA